AUGCCUCCCAAGGAGAAGCCCACUCCGGACUCUGCGCCCUCCCAUGAGAUCACCGGCCAGAGCGCUCUUCCUAUUUCGCGGAUAAAGAAAAUCAUCCAAUUAGACGAGGAUAUAGUACAAUGUUCAAGCAACGCUACGUUUGUGAUCGCGAUGGCUACAGAAAUGUUCAUCCAAUAUCUCACAGAACAAGGGCAUAACGUCGUCAAAUCCGAACGAAAACCACGAAAGCUCAUCCAAUACAAAGAUCUAGCUACGGCGGUUUCGCGAAUCGAUAAUCUAGAAUUCCUCUCGGAUGUUAUCCCCAAGACGACCACCUAUAAACAAUUCAAGGAAAAGAAGGCCAAGGAAGCCAUCAGAGAAGCCGAGAUCGAGAAAGGACAGCGCACACUGAAUGGAACGGUACCGCAUACCAAUGGGGAGUCAGAGCAUCAGGAAGAGCUACAAGCUAUAGAAGAAAAGCCAUUAAAGAGCCCUCGGACGCCGGUGGUCAUGCAUGCGACGGGCGCAGUGAGCACGCUGGUGGUCGAUCGGACUGUUGACAACCAGAGCAAGGGCGAGGACGGCGAUGUUGAAAUGGUUGACCAGUGA